CUAGAAUUAUAUUUGCAAUCGCUUCCUGUAAUAUUUGCGUUGUGUUUCCAUUCCGUUACAUUCCGUUCCAAAGAACUGUUGAGACUCUGAGAAAGGAUCUAUAAGAAGUGUUUAACUUCUCCUGCCAAGAAUAUAUUUCCAAACUGAAGAAUAUUUUGACAUCGAUCUGGUAACUGACAGCUACGGCGGUCUUUCACAGCGGAACUACAACACACAAGAAGUGGAGGACGAGGAGAAGAAGAAGAAAAAGAAGUUUGAGACAGAGGAGUGAAGAAAUUAUAUCAGGAAAAGAAAGAAAGAAAGCUAAGGAAAGCAACACUCGGUUGUAUACAUUGUGUAUACAGCGUGUAUAGAAUGUGCAUGUGUAUACAAUUAUACAUCGUUUGUUCAACAUCACAACAUAUUUUUCCCAGGCGUUUUCACUGCUGUUGUAUCUGUUUAACCCCGAGUUAAACAUCUGUCUCUAUUUCCUGCUUUCUGAUGAAAGACUCUCGGAGCGAAACGUCAGACAAUUCUUCUCGAAACGUUUUUAUAAGUUUUCCCUUAUUCUAACUUCAGUCGUCUUCGUUGUUUGUUUGGGUUUUUUUUUUUCAUAUUUUGCUCUGUUUUUGUGGUUGUUGCUUUUGUUGCCCUCCUUAACGACGACGAUGUCGAUGAAUUCGUCUUUCUUUCCGUCGAAGGAGCAGAACGAAUCAACCACGAAUUGGAUUGAAGAAAUUAACAUGACGAUGGUGAUGUACAAUGCCCCGGCUCUUACUUACAGCUUCCUCACGCUCAUAAUCGGUGGAAUAGGCAACGGAUUGAUAGCAUACGUAUACGGCCGGAGCAUGAAGAAGAAAACAACGCCUAUGAACUACUUUAUAAUGAUAUUAAGUCUGCUUAACCUAGUCACUUGCAGUACAGUCAUUCCCUUGAUGAUAUUGUACGAUUUUAUGCCAGUCCUUUUCGUAUCAGACGUAGCUUGUAAAAUACUACGGUAUAUUUACAAUUUAACGAUGCUGGCAUCCAGUUUCACAUUGGUGGCCAUAGCUGUUGACCGCUAUCGGCGAAUUUGUCGCCCGACUUCAUCCCAGUUGAACGUGAAGCAAGUUAAGAUUACUAGCGUCGUAUUAGUAACAAUGGCGGCUGCUUUAUGUGCGCCGGUGAUCGUCAUAGCCGGAACUCAAACCGAACAUUUAUAUUUCAAUCAAAUUAAUCACACAUUUUGCAAUACUCAAGAGGAUUACGAAAACACUAUCUACCCGAAUUUAUACUCCUCGUAUCUCUUCAUCAUUCUUAUCACAGCUAUUAUCAUCACUAUCGUUUGCUAUACAAAAAUAUUAUGCAAUAUCCGACGCAGUAUGGCUCCUCGCAGACGGUCUUUUGAGAAACAUAGAAACAGGAUUUCGAUAAAGCCACCAAGUAAACCAAAUAUUAAAAAAGUCUUCUUAAUUACAUUAUUGUUCAUAUUCAGCUUCGUGCCGUGUGUUCUGGUCAUAAUAAUUUUCAUGGUUACCCAGAUUACAGACGAUAACUUCCAUCCAGUCGUCAACAGCUUUUUGAAUAUAAGCAGACGAUCUUAUCUGUUGAGUUGCUUGCUAAACCCUCUCAUUAUUUGGUACUGUAACCUCAAUUUUCGCGCCGAAGUCAAAUUCCUGUGCACUUUCUGCCAUUGUUCUCGUCACUCGACAAACGAUUUAGCAAAUUCUUCUUUUUCUAAUCCUCUUGAACUGGUCACCGGAGAAAGUUAAUGAGUGGCGACCUAAAUGCGACGCGCUCGUUACAUCACUCGAAGAAACAGCCAGGCAGAUGACUAUCAUCAUCGUCCUCAAUGUCAUCGUUAUCAUCAUCACCAUCAUCGUCGUCGUCGUCAUCACCACCACCACCACCAUCAUUAUCAUCAUCAUCAUAUCAUCGUCGUCGUCGUCAUUAUCAUUAUCAUCAUCACCACCACCAUCAUCGUCAUCAUCAUCUACAUCAUCAUCGCCAUCAGCAGCAGCAGCACCACCACCACUCCCACUUGACCCCUCCCUCACCACCACCAUCCGCCGUCUUAACUGAUCCUGUCGUAAGCAAUUAUGGAUUUGGUACCCCGUAAGCUGCCUCCGACGUUUGUCAACAGUUUCUUAGGGAUCAGUGACCUCCAGAUUAGUGGUGGGGGGGGUUCCUCGACUGACCCUACUUGGAGGCUCUCCUGUAUCAGGAGGACUUCAUCACAAAUAAUUCCACACAUUUUAUUUACCUUGUACCGUAGACUUUAUUUUUAUCUUAUUUCCCCUCCCUCUCCCUCCCUCUCCCUUUGUCCUUUAUGUAACCCCCCAAACACACACACAUAAAUCGUACACUAGCUUUGUGAUAUCUUUAUUCGAUUCCCCCCUAUGGCAAAUAAAAAAAAAGUCACUUUGUU